AUGCCUCGUUUUCUCAAGCCAGAGAAAAAAGGCUCGCAGCUGUGCUCAUAUCCCAAGUUGUCAUAUUAUGCAGGAUGGUCGAUAUAUAUCCUCAAUGUAUUUAUCCUUUCCUGGGCGGGAUUUUCGAUACGAGACACAACUUUGCAACCAACAUUUCAGCAUCUUGAUCCGAACCAAGGCCUUGCAUUUUCAGACUACAACUGGGCAGCGUUGAGAGAUCAUUUGGAAAAGGUGAUUUUGGAUCGGGUUGGCAUCAUAACUGGGUUAUAUUUUGUCCUCCAUCAAGGUAGCCUCUUGUACGGGUACCUUCUCGCAAGACAGGGAUACAAAGCUGCGGAUGGGAAGCCAUCCGGAGACGCAAAAAUGGUGUGGCUGAAGGACAGAAUUAGGGAGCAUGAUACUGGAUGUCGCCGGUACAAUGUCUUUACGGCCAAGCUACAAAUCUGUCACUAUCUUGUGAACCCCAAAGGAUACCACGGCCUGGUGUUCUGCUACAGAGAGGCUAUAUAUACAAUUCUUUGGCGAACCAUUUUUACAUACAGCUACAUCCUUUUCUUUUAUUCUGUCCCCACUGAUGGAACUAUAUUAUCGACUAUAGUUUUUUAUGCCAACUGGUCUGGUGUUAUAAUAUGGUUGUGGGUGACUUCGAGCUUCGCGGCGGCUAAUGGUUGGUAUGCGGGGACAGGGAGAUGUAUCACAGAGCUGAGGAGUGAGUUUGAGAAUUCGGAGAAGUUCUUGUGCAAGAGGAAACGUAUGGAGUGUUGGAUUGAGAAAUUUCUGGCUGAAGAGAGACCAGAUGCUGGAGAAGAUUUGGAGUCUUUUGAAAAGUGUAUUGAGGAUGUUUUCUUGGGCGUUCAGCAGUGA